AUGCCCACGAGUGGGGUUGCGGACGUCGAGGACCAGGUCUUUGUGCUUGUGACGGGCGCCAACAGUGGGUUAGGAUUCUCAACAUGUUGUCGUCUGGCCGAUGAAUUUCUGGCCUCUCGCCAGAAUGACCACCGGUCAUUGACCGUCAUCUUCACUACGCGCAGCACUAGAAAGGGCAGUGACACCCUCCGCAGUCUGCAAACCCACCUCCGCGAAUCUGUUAAAGGGCCAUCCGCCGCGGCUCGAGUGACUUUCGUCCCUGAAAAUGCCGACUUGUGCAACCUUCUCUCCGUCCGCGCGUUAUCGCGUCGCCUGAACAAGACAUUUCCGAAGCUCGAUGCAAUCUUGCUCAAUGCUGGUAUAGGAGGCUGGACGGGUCUCAAUUGGCCUUUGGCCAUUUGGUCCGUACUCACGGACCUCGUUCAUGCAGUAUCCUGGCCGUCGUACAAGGUCGCGCUUACUGGCGUCCUAACAGACAACCAGACCACUACUCUCACGGAUAAAGAGCCUCGUCUGGGAAAUAUUUUCUGCGCCAACGUCUUCGGCCACUACAUGCUGGCGCACAAUGUCAUGCCUCUCCUCCACCGAUCCGGCUCUCCCAAUGGCCCCGGCCGCGUUAUAUGGGUUUCCAGCUUGGAGGCAGCCACCCAUCUUCUCGAUGCCGAUGAUAUGCAGGGACUCCGAAGCAGUGUCCCCUACGAGGUGUCAAAGGCCCUGACCGACGUUCUGUCUCUCACCGCGGACCUACCUAGUACGACUCCCUGGGUGAAGAGCUACUAUUCCACCUCCGACACUUCCGACACCGAACAAACCAACUCCCCCAAUCGUCCAACCACAUACGUCUCCCACCCCGGAGUCUGCAGCACAAGCAUCCUCCCCCUCCCCGCAAUCCUCAUCUAUGCCAUGGCCGCAGUCACCUGGGUAGCCCGUAUGCUCGGAUCCCCCUGGCACACCCUCUCCACCUACCUCGGGGCCUGCGCACCUGUAUGGCUCGCCCUCUCUCCACAAUCCGACCUCGAUGCUGCCGAGGCACCGUAUCGCAGUCACAGCGGCGGCAGAGCAAAAUGGGGCUCAUCGGCUGUGCGAACAGGCGCAUGUUUCCCUGCAUCCACUGAAGUCGAGGGCUGGGGUUAUGGCGGUGUUGUCGGUCCCGCCAUCGUAGACGAGGAUCGAUCUCGUCGGAGGAAACGCGGCGCCACGGAUCUUACCUCCGAGCAGAAAGAGCGGUUCGAGGAUCUAGGGAGGAGGUGCUGGCAGCAGAUGGAGGAAUUGAGAAAGGAGUGGGAUGAGCUGCUUGACCUAGAGGAGAAACAGAUCCGUAUUCAAGAGUAA